GGAUUCAUCAACACCAUCGCCGUAUAAGUGCGACACGCAGUCCUUCAGAACUCUUUUUUGCUCAAGAAUUUGUCUCGAAGUAGACGGGAACCACAGUACCAAAAUGGCAUCAUAUAAACCAUCAUCAGAGAUUAUCCCGUUCGCUAAGGCGACGGAGAUCAAGAGGCUCGAUGCCAACACCUACCAAGCGAACCUAGUAGACUCGUUCUGCAUCGGGGCCGUCCCCAACGGCGGCUACGUAGCAUCAUGUAUCCUCCAAGCCGCCAUCAUCCACGGCACCUCCCGCUCCCCUUCCAACCCCCAACCGCACGUCAUGAACGCUCACUUCGAGUACCUCAACCGCACCCAAGUCGGUCCCGCAACCAUCCUCAUCGAGGACGUGAAACCUGGUCGUCAACUAACCACCCUACACGCCACUUUGUACCAAGGCAAUUCGCACCAAGACGACACCUCCACCUCUAACUCUGACCUCCUCCCAACAAAAACCCUUGGCAACAUGAAGAAACGCGUAACCGCCUACCUAGUAAUGACCAACCUCUCCUCCCUCACCGGUCUCUCACUCAACACGCAAUUCACCCUCCUCCCCCCUCCCCUCGUCCCCUCCUCCUCGCCCUCCCAAAACCCCGAUUUCUCUCUACUCAAACAAGACCGCGACCCCCACUGGACCACCAUCCCUUCUUUACUACCCUUGGGGUCCGAAUCCGGAUCCGGAUCCAGCUACAUCCGAGCUCUACAAAACACCCACUUCUACAUUCCACGACGGGGCCAGGUUCGUAAAUCCAUCAUCGACAUCUGGAUUCGGUUAUCGUCAGGCGAAAACUUCACCAAUGCAUCGCUGGGGUACGUGAGUGAUUGCUGGCCGUAUGUCGUGGAGGCUUAUCGCCCUAGGAGCAAAGAAGAAGAGGAAAACAACGCAAAGGAGGAGGAGGAGGAGGACGGGGUUGGAUUCAAACAUGAUGCGAAGCAUUGGUAUCCUACGGUGGUGAUGAAUGUUGAGCAAAAGAAGGCUGCACCGGAAAAGGGAAAGGAAGAAGAGGGCGGCGGCGGGUGGGAGUGGUUGAGGAUGAGGGUGUCAAGUAAGGAGGUUAAGGGCGGGAGGUUUGAUUUGGAGGUGCUGGUGAUGGAUGAAAAGGGGGAACUGGUGGUGGUGAGUAAUCAUGUUGGGUUGGUGUUGGGGAGUGAGAGGAAUUUGGCGGGGAGGGGGAAGGGGGGGAUGAAAGGGCAGAGUAGGAUUUGAUGGGAUGGUCGUGAGGGUGGUGAUGGUGGUGAUGAGGAUGGGAAUGGUGUUGUGAGUGGAUAUGUGAAGGAAGGCAUACGUGUUGAGGAGUUUUUCGGGUGAAUGUUGAUGUUCGGAGAUAAGGGAUAUCUGGUUGUGUUGGCGACGGUGCUUCUCGGAGUCGCAUAUCUCUCAAAGUCCGGCACAAAUACCAAACAGCAUCUUUGUCAGAACUGUCGAUGUAAACAAAUCACAUGAUUGUUCGUGGCCUGCGCUGACAUUAGCUGAACUGAUCCAUCAGAAAUAUACGAAACCUAUCCAUGACACA